AUGUUCCAGAGGAAUCCUGAAGUCGACCUGUUUCUUGCCCACGGUUACGACAACCUGAAAGGAACUUCGAGAGCUGACUACCUCGAGGCUAGACUCAUCUCAGAGAGCUGGUUGACAGAAGAGAAGCGAUCCUCUCCACCAGCCAUUGGGCUUCCCAACCAACCCCCCCCCGUCCUUGGGGGUCCAGCCAAUGCGAACGGAGGUUGGGCCGACGAAGAGGAUAUUGUCGGAGACAUCUUCUCUGUCGCCGACGCCAGGGAGGCAACAAUGGACAAAUUUGAUAAUUAG